AUGUCUGUGCUCAAAAUCCUGUGCUGUUUGCUGCUAACGUAUCACCUCAAUGAGGGGAAGAAAAUCAAAGAAAACAGAGCAGGUGCAGUGGACACAGAGCAGAGGGUAGUCCGGAGGAUGAAAGAGCCGUAUGUCAGCAGUUCAGUCUUCAGGAUGUUUUUAGAAGGUGAGGACAACUGCAUACUGAACCCUCUGCAGCUGCACACUCUCACCUCCUGUGGCUUCAACAGCAGUAAUCCCCUCAUCAUCAUCACUCACGGGUGGUCGGUGGAUGGUAUGAUGGAGGGCUGGGUGUUCAGGUUAGCCACAACCCUGAAGACAAAUCUAAUAGACAUCAACGUAGUGAUUAACGACUGGCUGUCCCUGGCUCAACAGCACUAUGCCACAGCUGCACAGAGCACCCGCACUGUUGGAAAAGACAUAGCUCACCUGCUGCAGUCACUUCAGAUACACUACCAGUACCCAGUUAGAAAGGUUCAUUUGAUUGGCUACAGCCUUGGCGCUCACAUCUCUGGAUUUGCUGGAAGCUAUCUGGAAGGUUCGGAGAAAAUUGGAAGAAUUACCGGUCUCGAUCCAGCGGGGCCACUGUUUGAAGGCAUGUCUCCCACAGACAGACUGUCCCCUGAUGAUGCUGAAUUUGUGGAUGCCAUCCACACCUUCACCAAGAAACAUUUGGGCCUCAGUGUGGGCAUCAAGCAAGCUGUGGCACAUUAUGACUUUUACCCCAACGGAGGAGACUUCCAACCAGGAUGUGACCUGCAUAGCAUUUACGAGCACAUAAGCCAGUAUGGACUCCUCGGUUUCGAGCAGACAGUAAAAUGUGCACAUGAGCGGUCCGUCCAUCUAUUCAUUGACUCUGUGCAGAAUAAAGACAAGCAGAGCAUGGCCUACAGGUGCAGUGACACAAGUGCUUUUGACAAAGGCGUCUGUCUGGACUGUCGGAAGAAUCGUUGCAACACACUGGGCUACAAUAUCAAGAAGGUUCGCAGUGGCACCAGCAAGAGGCUCUACCUGAAAACACGCUCUCGGAUGCCUUACAAACUCUACCAUUAUCAGUUCAGGAUCCAGUUUGUCAACCAGAUGGAGGGGAUCGAGCCCCUUCUCACCAUCUCCCUCACUGGAACAAAGGAGGAGAGCGGAGAGCUACCCAUCACUAUCACUGAAAGGAUUUCAGGUAAUAAGACCUACAACUUCCUGAUCACCCUGGACAGAGACUUAGGGGAUCUGAUGUUGCUCAAAUUGCGCUGGGAGGGAUCGGCUCUGUGGAAGAACGUGUGGAACCGGAUGCAGAACAUCAUUCCCUGGGGUGGCCGGGAGAGAAACCCACUGCUGACUGUGGGCAAGAUCAGCAUCAAAGCAGGGGAGACGCAGGAGAGGACAUUUUUUUGUGCCACGACAAAUGAUGGGCAGCGUGUUGAAGUGUCGCAAGAUAAAGUGUUUGUGCGCUGUAAAGAAGACAAAUCAAAACAGCACAGAAGACCGCACAACUAA